GAGCUGCUCUAUGGCCGUGACCCAGUCAACCCCCGAAAACCAAAACUUACAGUGCUGCCAAAUGACAAAGCAACAAACUUCAGGUGGAUCCGUAGGUGUUGGGGGAGAACCCUUUUCCUAUCUUUGACUGUCUCGCGAUAGCCUCCCGGGACAAUUUCCCGGUUCUCCCGGAACAACCUUAAUCGAGCAAUUGCUAACUCCCCCGUUACGUAGACCUCCCGGCUAAUAAUAUGGCAUGGGUUGAAGCUCUUCUCACGAAGGCGUUUAUCGAAGAGGGUGCGAACGAUGUCGAAGGGUUCAAAGCAUUGGAAAGAUCUUUCAGUAAUCAACACCGAGGACAGAAGAGCCACUCGCAUUUCAUGAGGCCCCUUUGUCAAAGCACAGUCAGAUCAGUUAAGGUGGCAGAAGAAACCCCAGCAGAACCCACCAAAGAGCAAGGCCCUCCAACCAUUGUCAUUAAUGGAGGAUCAGAAUCUACUGGCAUCCCAAAAACCCCUUCGAGAAGCUCCACUUUCCGCGAAGAAAGCUCUGAUCUUUUCAAAUUUCCCUCAAAUCAAGGUGGAAAAGACCAAGCAAAAGGGGCCCAAAAGGAGAAGGGAAAGAAGACGAGUGCUAAAGGCAAUAAAUCGCCAAAAGGUACAGAAACACCCAUCAAGGAUCAGCAACGCAAACCAAGCCAGCCUCUCGAAAAUCGACGCCCCAUUUCCCCCAGCUCUCCUGCCCGGAAAGAGCCCGUCCAGCCAAAGAACAAUGUCUUCACCUUCAUGCCGUAUCUUCACUUUGAAAGCAGCCGCCGUCGCCAGGAGAUGCAGGAAGCCAUUAAGCGUGCAGAGACACUUCGAUCUCCACUCUGCCGUAACCUUAGCAAAGCUAGUACAUACGACGAAAUGCUAAUCCGAGCCCACCUUGCAACCUCGACCGUUUCUCUUCAUGUACGGCGGACGCUAGAUCAAUCAUUCUAUCACAACAUUGAUACCGAGAGCCGCGAUCACGACCAAGUUGUGUAUCGAUAUCAAUUGAAAGGCAAAAGCCACGAUGAUCCAGAAGUUGAUCCUAAGAUCGUGAUGGUGGAUCAACUUUGGAUGGUAGGUGUUGGGGGAGAAACCCUUUCCUAUUUGUGACUGUUUCAUGAGAUUUUCCUAAGACAAUGUCCUCUCCCGAAACAAUCCCAAUUAAGCAAUUGCUGACUCCCCCGUUACUUAGUGGGUAUUGGGUAAAGGUCUAAUUGUCACGGC